CGCCAGCCCACGAUGGCGACGCGGAGCCCGCCGGCAGCGCCAGCGCCGGCGCCGCCUCCUCCAGCGCCCUCAUGACAGCGCAAAUCGAGAUCAUCCCGUGCAAGGUGUGCGGAGACAAGAGCAGCGGCGUGCACUAUGGGGUGAUCACGUGCGAAGGCUGCAAGGGCUUCUUUCGGCGGUCGCAGAGCUCCGUCGUCAACUACCAGUGCCCCCGCAACAAGAACUGCGUCGUCGACCGCGUCAACCGCAACCGCUGCCAGUACUGCCGCCUCCAGAAAUGUCUUCGCCUUGGCAUGUCCAGGGAUGCGGUGAAAUUUGGGCGCAUGUCGAAGAAGCAGCGCGAGAAGGUGGAGGACGAGGUGCGCUUCCACCGCGCGCAGCUGCGUGCGCAGACGGAGACGGCACCAGACAGCUCUGUCUUUGACCAGCAGACGCCUUCCUCUUCCGACCAGCUGCAGUCUGCCUACAAUGGCAGUUAUUCAUAUAACAAUGAUCUGAGCAGCUACACACCUGCAGCAAGCUACACCUAUACGCCAGCACCAGUACAAGCAAUGACAUACGAUAUUAGUGCAGACUAUGUUGACAGCACGACCGCAUAUGAUCCUCGCCCAGGCACACAAAGUCUUGAGCUAGCAACUGAUAGUGGGAUUGUGGCUAGUGUUAGCACAGCAGGAGGGAAGACGCCGAUAGGGUCCGGGGCUGGCGCCGGUGGAGCCGGCACGCCCCAUGCAGCGCUGCGGGUGGGCAGCGGCGGGGGUUUGGUGGCGGUCAAGCAAGAGGCUGCACCUGUUGCAGCUGCCUCUGUCGAAAACUUGGUGGCGGGCUUUGUAGAUAGCACAACGUUCCUGACAGCCUCCUCCUCCUCGUCACCUGGCGGCGGUGCCCACGAGCACCAUGUGCACCAGGAGCCCACAACCGUCCACCCCAAUCCUGCCCAGAUCUCAGAGUUGCUAAGCAAGACGAUAGCAGAUGCACAUGCGAGAACAUGUUUAUACACUAUAGAACAUAUCCAUGAAAUGUUCCGAAAGCCACAGGAUAUGUCAAAAAUAAUGUAUUACAAAAACAUGGCACAUGAGGAACUGUGGCUAGAGUGUGCUCAGAAAUUAACAACAGUUAUUCAGCAAAUCAUUGAAUUUGCAAAAAUGGUGCCUGGUUUUAUGAAACUCUCACAGGAUGAUCAAAUUGUGCUUCUUAAAGCAGGUAGUUUUGAGCUUGCUGUGUUACGGAUGAGUCGAUAUUAUGAUCUAAGUCAAAAUAGUGUACUCUAUUCUGACACAAUGCUGCCACAAGAUGCCUUCUAUACUAAUGAGACUGCUGAAAUGAAGCUGGUGACAUGUGUGUUUGAAUUUGCAAAAAGUGUAGCUGAACUGAAGUUAACAGAAACAGAACUGGCAUUAUAUUCAGCAUGCAUUCUGCUUUCAACAGAUCGCCCAGGCCUUAAAGGUUUGGCUGAAAUCAGCCGACUGAGUCAAGCAGUGUUGAGAGCACUGCGCUUAGAGUUGGAUCGGAAUCAUGCUGUGCCCAUCAAGGGAGAUGUCACUGUCUGUGAUGCUAUGCUCGCCAAGAUAGCCACACUCAGGGAAUUAAGCAUGUUGCAUAUGGAUGCACUCGCCAAAUUCAAGAGAUCUACACCACAUCUUGAGUUUCCAGCUUUACAUAAGGAACUCUUUUCUGUUGACAGCUGAGUUCACUGCAGCAGAAGCUCAGCUAAGGUAACCUUCCAGACCCUUUUUCAUCACCUGCAGCUGUCAGCAGCUAUGGAGAAGCAGUCUUUCCACUCCCGUUAUUGUCACGGGGACCCUCUUGUUAUUUACAAUGAGUUCAACUGAUGAAUAAAAGACAUCAUUUUCUGUGGGGAGUAUGUUACUGCAGUGAUUCUUUUGCAACAAAGGAGACUUUCUGAGUGUUCAAAAAUAGGUGAAUGGCAUUGAAAUGUCACAUUUAUUUUUAAAAUUAUGGCUCAAGGGUGAGUGUUUUGUGUUAUUUGCUGUGUUGGUCCAGACAUGCUUAAUGAGCAAUGAUGUGGAAUAUAAGGAUGUUAGAGUUUUGCUUAAAACAGACUUUUAAUAUGUGGAAUUGCAAUGCUGAAAGGAUUUCUUUACACAGAACUUGAGACAUUUAGGUCCACUCCUUUUUUUCAAUUUCUGUGUUUAUUUUCACAUAGCAUGUAUGCCAAAAUGCUUUGCAGUGGUUAUGUACAGUGACUAGUUGAUGAUCAAGAUGUGUUUGGUUUUUUUAUAUCUUUCUAGAAAACAGGAAGUUUGUGUACCACUCACAAAGACAUAAAAAGAUCAAAAUUUUUGAAUUUUUUAUUGGACUUACAAUGUAGUACAUGAACUGUAGCUAUGUCUCUUUUAUUUUAAAGAAAUUUAUUCUUAGCUUUUACUAUCUGAAUUUGUAUUGUUACAGCAUACUAAAAGUGUGGAAAUAUUAAAAUACUGAUAUUAAUAUAAUGUGGUAAUAUGUAUAUACAUAUAUCUAUAUAUAUCUCUCUCUCUAUAGCAGCAUAUGUAAAAAGAUUCUGUAAUUUGGGUAUUAUGUUACAUACAAGGACAGAAACACAACAGGUAAUGAUGAGCAUUAACACUGAUACAAAGUUAGAUAAAGAUGAGGGGAAAAUGCAUAUGCUAUGGUUAAGGGAAAAUAUUGCCUUAUUAAUAAUUACAAUAUACUUAAAUAAAGAUAGUUUGUACUGUUCAUUAGUGUUAUGCACAGAUUUUGUAAAAAAAAUGAGAUUUCAUUUACUUGUACAAUUGCUGUGGCAAGAACUGGUACAGUUAUUCUAUUCCUACUAACUCCUUAUUGAUUUUUGGCACACAAAAUGUUUGUACUCAUAUUUAUCAGAUUUCAUAUACCCAUGAGAGAAUGUUAAAGGUAGAGUAUAUUCUGUUAUGGAAGAGAGUCAUUUUAAUUUCUGUAAGAAAGUAAGAGCUUCAAAUGCAUAUUUGACUGGGAUGUUUCAACACCUUUCCAACAUUUGCCAUUCUAAUUUCAGUUAUUGUGUUCAAGGUUGUACAUAGAUAUAUAUAUACAUAAAUACAGAUAAUUAAGAUUGGUUAAUUGCUAGACAAUAUGACAGUAGAGUUUAUUUAUUUUUUAUAGUUUAUGUACUUUAAAGACUUCUCCACCAGAUGGGAAACAAUUCCUCACUUAUAAUGUUUUGCACAACAAUGCCUUGAAAUUUCUGCAGUUUUGUAAUGUUGGCUGGUUAGUAACACACUGUUUGUUUUAAGAGAUGACAAAUGCACAUACAUAGUGUUGCUGCUAAAGUGGAAUAACACUUGCUAUAGGCUUCUGCAUACUGAGCAACACAAACAUUAGUUCUGUUUUAAAACCAGCUGAUUGAAAUAAUUACAUGAAUUAAUUCUGUCUACAAAAAUUAAAUAAUGUAGUUGUAAUUACUAUAUUAAAUUAAUAUAAGCUAUAUCAGGUAAAGUAUAAAUAAAUUUUUCAUUUGUUAUGGUACUGUCUUUUAAAUUUAGUUGUGUUCAAAUGUGUUUUUUUUUUCAAAAUAUUGUGGUUUUACAAAGCAUCUGAAAUAACAUUUAGGAUUUGUAAAGUAUUUCUAACAAUGUUUCAGGUCUUAAUAGUCUCAGACAUCUGGUAUCUGCAUAAGAAAUAUUAACAUGACACUUCUGUUUGUCACACUUUCUUUUUGGCUGUGAAACUGGCAUUAUUCUCCUUACCUCUUGCCUGUUAAGUACAACUGACUUUGCUGCCUCUUGUUACAUCUAAUGUUCAGAUAUAAUGAGAAUUUUCAACAUCAACUUAUCAGUUAUGACAUCUCCUCUCUGUCUUCUUUAGGACAAAAUUUGCCUGUUAUUUAUGAUCUGUAGGUAUUACAAUGUCCCUUACUAAAUAUUAAAAAAAAGCACUUACAAUAAUUCUAUAUCCACAGCCCACAAAACCAGUGUUCUUAACUCAGAUGUAGCUGAAUUAGUGUCAUUUCAUACAUUUUUUUACAGGUACACUAAGAUCCAAACUCAAUUGUAAGAUUCACACAAAACAUGUAAUUUAUGAUAUUUGUAUUACCAGCUUAUAUAAAAGUUGAUUUACCACCAGUGACAACAACAUUCUGCAAUCGAAACAAGAAAUCUCAUACACAUGAAAUUAGUCAUCUAAAAGAAAGCCAAGCUUCAUAUAGCAAUAUGUAACACAACAGUUGUACAGGAAGAUAAUUUGUGAUAGCUCAGUGAAUCAUUACAGCAAAACAAAAACAAAUAAUACUUUAACACCUUAGUGCCUGUGCCUGGAAUCUGACUACAGUAAUCACUGUCAAUUAACAGGGUUAUUACUGAUCUCAACAUUAUAAAAUUUUCUGUAUUAAUUAAAAUUCAGUAUCAUAAUAUUUCACUGAUGAUUGUACAUCUUAACAUCAUAUUAAAAAAGCCUUAAAAUUGGUAAUAUUUGAAACACCAAGAAAAACUCCUUCCAUAAUGGAAAAAAAACAAUGCGCCCAGCAUAGUGAUGUGUUUUUUAAAUUUCACUUGAUCAUAAUGCAACACUUAAAGAUUUUUUUACUAAAGAGGAAAGGGUUUUAGAUGGAAAUGAGCUCCCAGACAAUAGAAUCAUAAUGGAAGUUAGUUCAUAAAUUGAAUAAAUUGUCACCUCAAACAAUAUGAAUGAAAAUAUCAUGAUAAGAGUAAGACUGAAUCUUACCAUUAUUUCAGUUUUCCUUGAGACAGGAGAUGUCACAUAGCUGAUACUCUUUUGACCACUGCCAUGAUGGUACUUAUCACAACUGUUCUUGUUAGUAUUCUACACUUUUUAUGGUUCUUUAUCAUUGCUUGACAGGUAUCAUUACAUGCAAAUAACUUCUGGUGUAAAAUUUCGACCAUAUUUUUCAUUGUCCAGCAGUUCACUUUUUUGUGACAACAGAGUUCUCAAGUGCCACUUCAAGACUAGAUGUUAUAAAAAGAAAUAAAGCCAUGUUGUGUAUUUGUUUUGUAUCAUUUCAACAAGAUUCAUUCAGUAAAGUGUAUUGAAAAAUUAUAGUUUUUACAAACAACCGAACCAAAUUUUCUUAAAUUUUUCCUGUAUAAUUGAUAAUAUAUUUAAAUUUUUUGUUAAAACUGAAAACGCAAUCCUGUCUUCUGCAAUAUAUAAUAAGCAACAGUACAGUUCAAUGCACACAUGUACUGUAUGGUCAGUCUGGUAGAUAAUUAUUUUUGUGUACCAUAAUUUGAUGAUUCAUCUUCUUCUGAAGUUAUUUGUAAUAAAAGCAACAUUAAACUCUCAUGCAACAGACUGUGGACAACAGACAUAACUGAAAAAGAACAAUGUAUGGGUGGUUUGUAAGUUAAUAAAUAGGUGUUCGAUCAUUGAUUAGAGUCAUAGGUACAAAAUGCACGUAAUUAUGCAUACUUCUGAAGCUUUGUUGGAGUUGGGAUACUACACUGUAUCAUGGUAUUUGCCAUUUCUCUGCUGAUACUAAGAUCCCUGAGUUCCAGCUCAUGAAAAAGAGCAAAUUGUAAGAACAGAAAUCACAAAUUUCAUUUCAAGAACAGAAAGACACAUUAUUUGAACAGUGUUAUGUUGAUUUGAAGGACCUUAUAGUUCACAUUUAAAAAAUUACAAAAUUACUUGUAAAUUAAAAACAGAUCAUCAUUAUUAACUGAUACAAUUGUUUUCACAGAAAUCACAAAUGAAAAGUUUAUUCUACUUUUGAGAAAAACUACGUUUUCCUUACUGUGAAAUGAAAUGUAAUUUCUGUGUUUGUUAAAAUGCUGUAAAAUUUUAUACCAGAGACAAAUGUGUAGAGCUUAAUAUAAACUAUCCAGCCAACUUAUUUAUUCGUGAUCAUUGUUAAAUGUUACUGUUAGAAUUUAAUUAGAAUAUGUAGCUUGUUAAAAUUACAGAAGAUUAAGAUGAAGGUUGUUAUUCUAUAACAGUUAAAACACAAAUGUAAAAAUAUAACUUGCCUUAUGACAUAUAUAUUGAAGAAGAUGGUAAUGCUGAUGAAAUAUACAUUUUUAUAAAAUUAUUGUGAUAUAUUAUUUCAGAAGCAAAGCCAUACAUAAAAGAAAUAUUUUGCAGGGUGGGGACGAUAUUGUAUUACAAAUGUAAGGGAUAUUAGUGGAAAAAAUUAUUCCUGACUGCUGGGCAACUGUUAAUGGAUAUGAAGUCAUAAAGAAAUAAAAGUAUAAGUUGCUGACAGUAAAGUGCUGAAUGUCUUGUUAAAGCUAAAUAUUUCGAUGAUUGUUAUAUUUCAUAUAAAAUAAUUUUAUAAAAAAAGCUGAUAUUAUUCAUUAUCAGACUGUAGUUACACAUAUAUUAUAAAUAUUUUCAUAGCUAUGUAUUUUAAAGCACUUGAAAGCUUUAACAGUUCCCACCCUCUUUGAAAAUUGGUUUAUACUUGUUGCUGCAUUCCUGUGUUUCAUCAAUACUGAGCACUGAUAUCACAACUUCAGUCAUCAUACUUCACUCAUUUUUGUUCUUAUUCCACUUCAACAGCAUAUUUAAUAUUGCUCUGUAUUCAUAUUUACAGAAAAUUCAGUCGAUAACAGCCUACAUCAGAUAAGUGAUUUUGUCCGAAAACUCCCUUGGAAGAAACUGUUUCAUUGGUAAUAACAAUGGUUCAGCAAAAUGUGGCAUACCUAUAUGUGGAACUUUAUUUCUAAGUAAACUGCAGUGUUAUCCAUUUUAUAUCAAAGAUAUAAAUGAAUAAUAUGUAUACAGACGUCAGCAGUCACUUUCUACACCUGAAAAUGUAGAGAGACUUGUUUUAACUAUUGUGUACUUCAUGUUUUUGUUUUAGCCUAAAAUAUACAAUUACUGAUAUGAAUUAUUUAAGAAGGCUACAUAAAGAGUGUGUUUAUUGUAAAUGUAACUAAAGUAUUGAAGAAAUGUAAAAUAUUUUGUAAAGAACGUUAUUCUCUCAGUAUAAAUUUUAAGAAUUCAGUUGACAAAUCUUUAACUGUGUAUGUACCUUCAGAGUUACUUUCUGUCUCUUACAUGUUUCUCCUCUGUAUAUGUAUAAUUAAUGUCAAUAUAUGGUUUAUGUUACACAUUUGAAAAUUUAUUAAAUCAGUUUUAUGUUUUUUGUGUUGCAUUAAAUCUCAGACCUCAAACAAUGAUGCUUUGGCAUUAAGAAAAGCAAAAAAUCAAACCAUGUCAGGAAAUUUAAAUUUAUGACAAACAUGGCUCAUGUAAUUUUUUAAUUAUCUAGACUUCUACGAGGCAGGUGAAUGAGUGUAAUAGCAAAGUUUUUCUUAUAGAAAGACUAUGAUUUAUGCAUUUAAAACUCUCUAAAAGAAAAAACAAAGUUUCCAUACAGUUAAUAAAUUUACAUUGUCGUGAUGGAAAUGUUUGAGAGAGAGAGAGAGAGAGAGAGAGAGAGAGGAAAAUAAAUGAAUAACAUGUAUUUGUAAUAUUGUACAGUAGUGGAUAACUUUUGCACUAUAAAUAUUCAGUGACAGUUAAUAACAUGAAGACAUGUACAGUUUGCAUAGAAUAUUGCAAAUGUUUU